AUGCCACAUGAUAGUCCUAUCAUGAUCAUCGUUUGUCUAAACGGAAGUUCAACGGAUAUGGAAUUUGACACUGCUUCGAGCACGAGUUUUAUUACGCCUAAUAUAUGGAGAAAAUUAGGUUGCCCCAAGUUUCAUCCAAUAUUGAAAGAAUACAGUGAUGUUUUCGAUCAACCUGUUGGAGUCAUCCGAGGAUUCAAAGCUAAAUUGGUACUUAAAGAAAACGCAGUUCCUUGUUUUUUUAAGCCACGACCUAUUCCAUUUUCAUUGCGGGAUAAAGCCGAUAAAGAGCUUGAUAAAAUGGAAAAAUCUGGUGCCAUUAGCCGUAUUGAGACAUCAGAAUGGGCUUCACCGCUAGUAGUAGUACCGAAACUCAACGGAUCCAUUUGCAUCACUGGAGAUUUUAAACGCACUAUAAAUAAUCAGUUACAUAUUCAACAGUAUCCUCUCGCAAGAACUGACGAAUUAUUCGAGAAAGUUUCAGGAGGUCAAAAUUUUACCAAAUUGGAUGGUCUGGAUGCAUUUCAUCAAGUGGAAGUAGACGAAUCAUGCAAAAAGUAUUUAGUCAUAAAUACUCAUCGUGGCCUUUAUCAGUACAAUGUAUUACCAGAGGGCAUAGCAUUAUCGCCAGCGAUUUUUCAAGAAUUAAUAGAUCGAAUGCUCAAGGAAAUUCCAAUGACAGGAUCAUUCGUAAACGACACUAUUUCUACAGGAAAAAAUGAUUAG